CUCCCGGGGCACGAGGAGGACGGGCCGGGUGGAGGAGAGGGCUGGAGGUCGGGGACCGUGAAGGCCGGCCCCGCGCGGCUGUGGCCGCGGGUUUUCGAGACGACGCCUGUGGUUCCCACCAGCCCUGCUUAUCAAGCGCCUCCGGAGGCCGGGCCCUGGGCGUGCAGCGCGGAAAGGGCAGGCUCAGUCUCCCUUCUAGGGCUGCGCAGUCCAGUGAGGACGAGCGCCCGCCUCCCGGAAGUCGUGACGGGCUAAGCAGCGGCGCGUAGAAUGAGGCUCGGGCCCGGGGUCCUGGGCGCUCGGCGCCGUGCACUCGUCACGGCGGGCGAAGGAGGGAGGAACGAGCCGGGCGCCGCUUGUCCCAGAGGGCAGAGUCGGGGGAGAGCUCGGCCGGGGGCGGGGGCCCGGGUCUGAGUGGGACGCCGUGGGGUCAGGCUGGGGCUGUCUCAGGCGGGCUGCGGCAGGACCACAGCGGCCUCACCUUUUCCCAGGAUCGCUUUGCCGGGUGGAGACUGCGGGCUAGGAGUGCAGGAAUGGAUCCUGCUUAUCUGUGAAAUGCAGUUAACACAUCAGCUGGACCUAUUUCCCGAAUGCAGGGUGACCCUUCUGUUAUUUAAAGAUGUAAAAAAUGCUGGAGACUUGAGAAAAAAGGCCAUGGAAGGUGCCAUUGCUGGUUCAUUAAUAAACCCUACAGUGAUUGUCGAUCCGUUUCAGAUACUUGUGGCAGCAAACAAAGCAGUUCACCUCUACAAAUUGGGGAAAAUGAAGACAAGAACGCUAUCUACUGAAAUUAUUUUCAACCUCUCCCCAAAUAACAAUAUUUCAGAGGCUUUGAAAAGAUUUGGUAUCUCAGCAAAUGACACUUCAAUUCUAGUUGUUUACAUUGAAGAGGGAGAAAAACAAAUAAAUCAAGAAUACCUAAUAGCUCAGGUAGAAGGUCUUCAAGUUUCUCUGAAAAACCUUCCUGAAGUAACAAAUAUUACAGAAGUCAGAAAGAUAUAUAAACUGUCUUCACAAGAAGAAAGUAUUGGGACAUUAUUGGAUGGUAUCGUUUGUAGAAUGUCAACAAAAGAUGUUUUGUGAAAUGACAGAAAUACUAACAAAAAUUUUCAGCAUUUAUAAAAAAACAUUGAUUUUC